GGCUUGCUGUAGCUGCUGCUGCCUAUGCUGGUAGAUAUGGCAUUCAGGCUUGGCAAGCAUUCAAGGCAAGACCACCUAGGAUGCGUAAAUUUUAUGAAGGUGGUUUCCAGGUUACCAUGACUAGGAGGGAAGCGGCUCUCAUACUCGGUGUUAGAGAACACACUCCGACGGAUAAGGUUAAAGAAGCGCAUAGGAGGGUGAUGAUCGCGAAUCAUCCUGAUGCAGGUGGCAGCCAUUACCUGGCAUCCAAAAUCAAUGAGGCAAAGGAUGUGUUGCUUGGAAAGACAAAGGGUGGUGAAUCAGCAUUUUGAAAAUAAUUAAGUCACGCUACAGUUUAGACAGUUGUUCUUGCUGAUACAAGUAUUAGAGAGUGGACAUGGGAUAAUGCACCAAAAUAAUCUAAUGGUAUAGAUCUUAGCAUAAUUUUACAUCAAUAUUCUUUUUAUUACAUCUAUACUGGGAUUAUCAUGGUGCAUCGUGUCACUUGGUACAUAAUGAUGUUCAAAUUGUAAUAAUGUUGGACUUUAGACUGGGUGGUGCGUUUGAUGUUUAAAGUUUAAACAAUAUGAUUUGAAUUUUCAUGUCA